AUGUGUGUGCAGGUGAGGGAGGAAGAUGAAACCAUACAAACUCUGAGACCAGACGUCUACGAAGACUCCCUAUUCCUGGAUGACCUUCGACCUUCCACCAACUACUCAUUCCUGGCGGUGGUGGGGAAUUCCCUCGCACUAGGAGAGGAUCUGAUUCAAUUGGAGUUAUAUACAACUGACUACAACCUCAAAUUUGAGUCAUUUAACGGAGGGGCUCCCCCUAGUCAAAGAACGUCCUCUCCAAACCCGAGUCAGCAAGUGGACUCGACCACGCCCCCUCCCCGGAUCACCUCCCCCCGUCUCACCUCUCCCCUCCUCCACUCCCAGCACUACUACAACAGUCUGAGGAAGUACCAGCUGGACACACUGCCUGUGGCGAGACCCAAUGAGGAGGGGUCAAAGGACAGAGUUGUGGAGGUCCAGAUCCACUCCAACCUCCACAGUAACGGAGUCACCACUGGCAGGAGGAAUGAUGUGGAUGGAGGUCACUACAAUCGUCCGACGUCCCACCCUCCCUCUCUCCCCCUCUCCCCUGGCUCCCAGCCUCCCCCAUUCCUCCCUCCUCCCUCCCUCACCACCUCCUCCACCCUCCCCACUAACCCCCAGCACCCCUCCUACAACCAUCCCACCUCACACACCCUCUACAGCGUCCCUCGCAAGGGGGGAAACCCCUCUCAUCCCAUGCAGAUGAGCAUGUCAGCUCUGCCAACUGGUGACGAGGGGCGGAGUCAGGUGGUGGGGUCAAGGGUCAGUACCCUCCCCCGAGGAGCCACCACUAACGGUGAUGACUACACAGUCAUGGAGAGGGUGGAGGAUAGUGGGCGUAGCUCACUGGUGGAAACUGGACGGAGGUUCCACUCCAUGGACCACACCUCUACUUCUGCUAUUGCCGAGACAAACAAUUUUGAUAUAGAUCAGUCGAAGCGUGCCAGCUACAAGACUGAUGUCUGAUGUCACAAAACGGUUUACAAGUCGACAUAGACCCACAUCAUGAUUUUCAUUAUUUCUCAAAUUCCUAUCAUUCUGUGAUUUAGUAAUGUUCAGCUA